AGAAUAAGAGUGACAUUUUUCAUCCUCGUUACACUUAACAUAUUACUUAUUUCCACAUGUUGAUUAGUGAUACCAAGGUGUUUAGUCAAUUAUCAACAGAGUGAAUUAUUAACAAUGUAGAAAACCAUCCCCAAAACACAUCCGAUACUAUAAAUAAACAAAGUGGUUUAUUCUACUCAAGGAAGGUUUAUUACAUUAAAUGCUCUAUAGAUAUAUCUUCUGUAACGAAUCUGAGUCCCAACCUGAAGCUUGGCAAGUAAUGCAACUGUCUAAGUGGUGUAACCUAGCGAUCUACGAUCUUAACAUCAACCGGAUUGAUAGGACGUUAUAAUAAGUCAGUCUGUUUAUUUAUUGCUAAAUACAUCCUCAUUGCUCAAUUUCAUCAAUCUCACGUCAUAGGUGUCAAGAACUUACCAGAAAAGGUGAAUACAAUUACUAUGACUCAUUUUUUUUUUAAUCUUUCAUGUCUGUUAAUUAUGUUAACCUUCAUAAGUAAAUACAUUUUUGGUAUUCUUAUUAUCUCUCUUCUUUACCAUUAUGACUAUUCUUAUUAUUUAAGAUUAUUCACUGUCCUUCUUUUUAUACUGUUUCGAGCGUCUUUCACCUUAUUCUCAAUCAUUAUUAUUGUCUCAUUUUUUCCCGAAUGAAAUAUGUUACUAUAUUAGUUAUAUGUGCCUUCAAUUCUAAACGUGUUUUUACACAUUAUUAUUGUAAUAGUUCACAUACUGUUUAACCUAAUCUAUCAUAAAUUUUUUUCUACCUUGUGGUUUAAUUGGGUAAGAGCCUGCUACUUUCGAAGGCAUUUUGGUAUGGAUUUUCUUUCUUUUUAUUGUAUUGUUUUCACUCUUAGGAAACUAAAUUCACUACCUAAUCUGAGGAUGAUUGUGAACGCUAUUUAAAGUUUGUAUUAGAAUUUCCUAAAGUUGUCUUAUACGCAAUCACACGAUAUAUAUAUAUAUAAUCUUCCUCUCUGUAUUUGUUCUAGAAAGGUCUCCACGCCUAUUAUCUGUGGCAAUACUGCAGAAUAGUCCGACCAAUUAUUAGUAUACCACGUCUUCAGCGAUGUUGAAACGCCGGCUUAGUGUACUUUUGGCGAAAGGUGAACGUGGACUAUACUUUCCAAUCAAUCACCGCAUUGUGGAUAUGCGGAUCGAUGCAUCUGUCGUGGAGGAAGCCGAUGUUCAGUCGCGUUAUCGCCGCGAGCUUCGGACCAGUUUUACAACCGGCGAGACGCGCCAGACUGCAACCCCCGAGUGGAGUCGGCGCAUCCCACCAACUCACUUUAUCGCCUUGCGGUUACCGCCACAGAAUGUCAUAACCGGACGUGUGGAGGCGAUGAUGAACGCGAUUCUAUUUACGCAUUCCCACAUGGAGUCAUUAUUCAUUCCCAUCCCGAGAUUACACGUCACGUUGGGUGUUAUGAGCAUCGCUGAGGAACACCAGGAGGACAUACUCAAAGCGACAAGUGAACUUCUACAGGAGGCGUGUCGAUCCGUCGCUGGAAAGCCACUUCGACUGCGAUUUCGUGGCUUAGGCACUUUUAGCCAGGGUCGGGUGCUCUUCGUGAGGUGCAUCACUGAGGGUAACUUCACCACCCUUGACACGUUGGUGCGGCGCAUCCGCAAGGACCUGGGUGUGGGGCUUCGGAUCGACAUGAAGGGGAACCCCUUCGAUACAUACGUGCCGCACCUUACGGUUGCCAAGAUUAAACCGGGCCAUGUACAGGAAUUUGGUAAUAAAAUUCCUAUCACAGUUUGGUCAAAUUACCAACAUCAUGACUUUGGAGAUGUUACAUUUGACUCAUUGGACUUAUGUAGCAUGUUUGGCUAUGCCAAAGACGGUUAUUACAAGGUGGUCUCCUCGUCUAAUCUUGUAUCUAGAACCUCGGCGUCGGUGUGAUUAUUCUCUUCUACUCCAACCUGUUGGAAUUUAUUGAUUACCUGCCGAGAAGAAUUACCCAUAGUUUUUAUUGCGAAGAAGCACCUAAAAGAAAGCACACAUAUGCAAAGGAACACACUCAGGCGCCAAUAUGCAAUUUGUGGAGAAGUAAGCAAAAA